AUGGUGCCUUCCCAUCCUGUUCUAUUGGCCACUACCGCCGCCGAGUCUGCACCUGGCUCGGUCCGAGUCGUCUGGGUCGCGUCUUCGGUCGCCGAGCUCGCGGCCCCGCCGGGCGGCGUCCUGCUCGACAAGCUUGACGACCUCGCUUCCAAAGAUGCCAUCUCGCCACACAUCAAGUACAGCAUCAGUAAAGCCUGCAAUUACCUCCAGGGGACCGAGUACGCCCGCCGCUUCGGCAACAAAGGCAUUCCACCCGACCGUCAACGGCGCCUACACGCAGCUCUUGCCGGGUUGAGUCCUGAGGUUGGUUUGGAGAAGAAUGGGGCGUGGACGACCAAGCCAGAAUCGGAAGGCGGUUCUGGCAUCGCCCAAGAGUUUUGGGCGUGGAAUGAGAAACAGGUACAGCAGUAUUCGUAA